AUGAUUUUAUUGGAAUACUAAGACAUGUUAAUGGAGGAAUAGGGCUGCCCUUUUGAAAUUUGAUUUGAAAAUGUCUACCCUUGUUAUACCACCGGAUCCUCCUUCCCCCAAAGACGAUGCCAUGCAACUUCAUCGUGCUUUCAAAGGUCCUACGUAGAGCAAUGAAAGGUUUGGGGAUGGAUGACAAGAAACUUACAAGGGUGAUUGUAACAAGGAGUGAGAUUGAUCUACAUCAUAUCAAAGCUGAGUAUUUAAAGAAAUACAAGAAGACGCUGAAUGAUGCAGUUUACUCGGAAACAUCUGGCCACUACAGGGUGUUUCUGCUCUCACUUUUAAAUCCCAACCAGUAGUAAUCAAAAUGUAUGUUUUGUGCGGAGUAAUUUCACUUUCGCAUAGGAUGUUGAAUAUAUAAGCACUUACAAUCUUUUCUUUACUGAUAUCGUAAAUUAGGCCAUGCUUGGUGAUUUUAGAUGCUUCUAAGUUGUACCAUAAUGCACAU